UUAGCUAAAACACCAAUAUCAUGCAAGUCCACUAUAAAGAUACUUAAAAGUCCGCCUUAAAAUAAUAUAAACUCUUGAUAACACGAAAGCUUCCUGCCCACUUUCUUCUAUCAAAUCUAUAGUUAAACCAAAAUAACCACCUAAAUGUCCGACGAAGUGCCUUCGGGAAGACUGUCACAGAUCUUUGAUCCACUAACCAAUUUACAACAACCCUCCUCUACACACUAUCAACAACAAUUGGCUAUAAAUCGUAGACGUUCUGCAUCUUCUUCACCCUCACCCUCUACCUCGGGUCGAGCGACACCAGCUUCUUUGGGUGGUGGCAGUAAUGGCAGUGGUGCUAGCAGUAGUACAAGUUCACAUUUUCAACAUUAUGGGCAGCAGCAUCAACAGCAGCAGCAAAACUAUCAGUAUUUAACACAAACUCAUAAUUAUUUUCAUGUGCGUACACAGGAUGUAGGGGAGAGAGAGUUGGGAGGAGGUGGUGUCGGCGGAGGUUUUGGUGUGGGACAUGGUGUUCAUAAUUAUUUACAUACUUUUCCCUCUACCCACACUCCCAGUCAUCUGCAGCAGCAACAGUUAAUGCAGCAGCAUUAUCAUCAGUAUCAACAGCAUUCUGCAGCUCCUAUGAUGCCUUCAUCUUAUUUGCAACAUACACAACAGCAGCAACAUUCUUUACCACCUCAGUUAUAUGCCACCUCUCAGUCCUUAACAGCUUCUCCUUUAUUAACUAAAAGAGCUAUAUCGUUUAGUGGUCAAAUUCCUUUAAAUAGACAACAAAUGGAUAAUCUUAAUGUAUCGGCUGCGGGUCAUAAACAACAUCAGCAGUUACAGCAAACGGCACAAUCUACCCCUAAUAGUCCACGUUUAAUGCCUCGAAGGCAAGCUAAACCCCCUCCUAUACCGGCUAAGCCGACAAGUAUACCCAGUACUUCAUCUACAACUAGUUCCAGUAGUAAUAAAUCGAAUCAAAAAGAUGGUAAUGGAAUUAUAAACCCAUCUUCUUCAUUGGAUGGGGCAGAUGCCCCUUGGCCACAUUUUUCUUCUUUAACGGAUUAUUUGGAUGUACAUCAGGUUAAUAAUUAUGCUCAGCCAGUGCCAGAGAUCAAUUGGCAAGAACGUUGUUUGGAAUUACAAUUAGAGCUGCAUCGUUCCAAGAAUCAAGCGGGACGUAUACGUGAUAUGUUAAGAGAAAAGGUAAGUGCUAAAAGUUAAUUUACAAUAUUUUUAUAUAAAUUUUUAAAAUAUUUUUGAAAAAAAUUAAAACAAAUUUUUAAAAAACUUUAAUUUCCAAAGCUUAUGGCUUAACAGUUGGGCACUGUAGUUAACUUUAAACUUUGUUGUAAGAAUGGUUUAGGUCUUAAGAUUUGAUACCCUUUUAAAGAUUUUCAUUAUCGUUUUUAGUUUAAAAGUUAUAAAUGAUUUUCUCUUUAAACCCCCUGAAUUAAUAUUAAUCAUACGUACUGUUGUUUGAAAAUUUUAAAAUCUCUAUAACUUUGGCUAGAGAAAAGCUAUUGAUUGAUUUCAAAUAACAUAUUAAAGCUAAAUAAAUAAAGUUUUAUAUAACGUGUAAAUUUAAACCUAUGAAUUAAUAUUACUCAUACGCUCUGGUAUUUUAAAUUUUUAAAUCUCUGUAACUUUGCUUAGAGAAAAGCUUAAGAAAUUAUUUAAACGCUAUGUUAAAGCUUAAAAACAAGAGACUUAAAUAAAAUAUAAGAACAUUUUUGAAAAAUUUUUACAAUCAAUUUUUUAGUUAAAAACAAAACAAACUUUUUCAUAAACAUUUUGUUUUAAAUAUUUUGUUUAAACUUUUUACACUCUGUCGAAAUAUUGUUUGCUGCCACAGAGUGGAACAACAACAACACAAGAAAUAACUGCUUCAAAACUUUUGUUGCAUAUAUAAAUAUUUAAAUAAAACAUAAAUCCUUUGUUGCUACAACAUAACAGAGAGGAGCUGGAGCAGCAAAAAUAAAUGUUGAAAUAUAUUUAUUUAAAUAGUUUCAUCAUUUAUACUACUCCAGUUUAUUUUUUCAUAUUCCACUUCUUUUAUGCAUAAAUAAAUAACAUGCAUAUGUUUCCGUUUCCUUUUCAACUCGUAACUUCAUAUAUAAUCUUUUGUUUUGUUGCACUCUUUUUUUUCUUGUUGUAUGAUUAUUUUGUACAAAAAAGUUUUUCCAUACAACUCAACUGUUAAAGCCAUUGUUAAUGCUGGCACUUCUCUUCAGUUUUUUUUCUUAUUUUUCUACCAUUCUGUUUUAUUAUAUUUUAUUUAUAAUCUUUAUGCUUCAUUAUACCGGAACAAGUAAUGUUUUAUUUUUUUUUUUCAUAUAAAAUAAAAUAAAACAAAAAGAAAACUGCUAGAAAACCAACUGACUUUUUCCAAAGUAAGUGAAUGCAUAAAUGUCUGUGUAGUGAGAGAAUAAGAUGGAAUAUUUAAAAUCAAGAGGCUCCUUUAAAACAUACAUGACCACUUACACAUGUAUGUAUAUGACAAACUCCUCUUUACCUUUUAUGUCAAUACAUAUAUUGCCAACAUUCUAUAGUAUGUGUAACUUUAAUUUUACUGGUAUAUGUAUGUCAUUCAUUCCAUUCAUUCGGUUAAAAAACAAACAGAUUGUCAUUUCACCGGAAGGCAUACUUUUUUUACUACUACAGAUUUAUACCACUAUAUAUGGAACAGUCGAGGUCAAAACAUGUUUAAAAAAACAAAUUAAAUUACAGUAGACAAGGGUCAUAUCUGAGAUAAACUACGGUGUAUACUACAUACUAUUGUCUGCUGAAUAGACUAAAUUGUAGACUGGACUAGACUUUAAACUAGACUAUAGACUAGAUUAUAGACUAGACAAUAGUAUAUACUAUAGACUAGACUGU